GCCGCAGUGACUUCCCCUCCCCCGCCUCUGGAGUCAGGGUGGGAAAUGACCAUCCCUGGCCCAGUGCCUGGCCUGGGGGCCAGUGUGAGGUCCAUUGUUUGAGGCUGGAGCUGGGGGACCCAGGGCCCUGGGAAGCCCCCGGCAAGGCCCUUUGUCCCACUUCCUACAGAUCCAGAGGCCCGGCGAGGCCCUGGUGAGCAGACGCGGCAGAGGUGGUAGCCCCGCAGGAUGAAGGCGCUGGCAGCCGUCCUGCUGGCCCUGCUGUGGUGCGGGCAGCAAGGGAGAGGGCGGGCGCAGGAGGACGAGGAUGAUGACCCGGACACUGGGCGCGAAGGCUACGACGAUGAGGAGGACGAGGAGGAAGAGGAGGCCGGCGCGCCUGCGGGCAGCAGGGGCUCAGGGCCGCAGUGCUACGCGUGCCAGUCCCUGCACAAGGGGGAGAGCUGCCGGCAGGUGCAGAGCUGCGUGCUCCCCAGGACGUGCAAAGCCAUUGUCUCCUCCUGGAACGCUGAGUCAGGUCCCCAGACCACCUACUCGGGGUGGUGUGCAGACACGUGUCAUCCCACCAGCAGGACUGUGGAAGGAUCCCUGACGACCAUAUCCUGCUGCCAGUCCAGCCUGUGCAACACCCCACCCUGGCAGGACCCCCAGGGGAGAGGGGCAGGCGGCCCCCGGGGGAGCCUUGCAACUGUGGCCGCCACCCUCCUGCUCAGCCUCCUGGCCAGCCUUCAGGCAAUGGCACUCUGAGUGGGGCGGUCCCUCCUCGUGCCCAGCCUGGCUUGCACCCUGGCUGGCCAGCACUCUGUCCGCUGUCUCCUGUCCCCUCCCCCGGACCAUGGAGAAUAAACUGGAAGCACCUGUGAUGACCCCACCGCAUUGGUUCCUCUCGGCCACAGCUGCCCUUCCUCGGUUUCCCCUUCCAGCAUCCUGGCCUUCUCUCCCUGCCUCUCCCUGGCGGAUGGCCAGCACAUGGGCCUUAGGUCCAGGCCUCAGCGGCUCACAGGGUGGGUCCACACGGCUCCCCGCCCCCAGCAGAGAAAACACUCACUGCAUGCCAGUGGGGAGCCCACCCCAGUUUGCUCCCCAACUUCUUGCCGGAAAAAACCUUCAUCCGUCCAUGCGAUGGGUGGCCCUUUUAGGGAGGAGACUUGGGGAGGAAGCUUUCCUUGGCCUACAGGAGGAAAGGGCCCCACCCAGGGCUGCUUGGGGGUGAAUGGAAUUAAUGAGGGGCUGGAAGACAAACAGAAAAGAGAGGGAGGCAGGUGGUGUAUGGCUCAUAUGGGACUUCGCAACCAACCACUCAGCUUGCGGAGGGACGGGGCAGAGGAGGGGCAGUCAGGGAGAAGUGGCGGGGCAGGGCAGGAGCCCCACGGCUCCCCCAGUCUCUGCUCCACUGGACGGGUGUCACUGGCUGCUGGGCGCUCGGCCUCCGUGACUGGUGCUGGGACAGAGCCAAGCCCCGGAGCAGGAAGGAGAGGGCUGGGCUUCAGUUUCCCCAUCAGAGCGGUAUGGAACAAGGCACAGAGGACCCUGGUGCCCACCAGCUCAACAUCCCCUGUGCAGGGAAGCCCAGACCUCCAUCUUGCCUGCCCAGCAUCCCCGCAGGCAGAGUAGCCUCCCACCGUCUGUUUUCCCCUUUCCUCACUAAGGGAAACCUCUUAGUAAGGAAACCCCACUGUCCUGCCACACAACAGUCCACCCGACGGAGGCGACACAUCUGCCUGGGGUCACGCAGUUGGUGGUGGCAGGUCUGGGACCCAGCCCGGGGCUUCUGGUCAACAGCGGCUGCCUUCCCGGGAGGCCACAGGCCGGUGGACGGCAGAGCCAGGGCACCUGAGCCAGAGGUUGCAAGCAGCUGGAUGGUGGCUAGAUCCCCAGGCCGAGUCCAGUCUGAGGUACCAGUGGACAGUCACAGCCAGGGCCUUGUCACAGGGCUCGGCGUUCAAGGCCAGUCCCCGGAAGGAGAAGCCAGAGGCCCCGGGAAGCUGUGUGGUCAGCCCCUCCCUCCCAUCCAGCCCAGCAGCACCUCUGUGCCUUUCCAGAAGGCUGGCGGGGAACACGUCCAUCCAGAUCAGGGGCCCUGCUCCCCAUGGCUGCCGAAGCAAAUGACCACAAACCACACACACAAGUUAUCUUGUGGUCCAGAGGUCAGAAGGAAUGGCAGUGCUGUGUUCCCCCUGGAGGCCAUGAUAAUCCAUUUCGUGUGUCAGCGUGCCUGGACUAAGGGAUGCCUGUGAAGCUGGCAAAACAUUAUUCCUGAUGUUUCUGUGAGGGUGUUUCCAGAAGCACUUGGCAUGCGAACGGUGGGCCUGAGAAAGAAGAUCGCUGCCCCAGGUGAGUGGGCAUCACCCAGGCCAUCCGAGGCCCAGACGGAACAAAAGGCAGGAAGGACCAAUUCCCUCUUCUGGAGCUGGGAUGCCCAUCCUCUCCUGCCUGCCAACGUUAGAACUCCUGCUUCUCGGGCCUUUAGGGCUCAGAGGGAAUGACGCCACCACAGCCCCGCUCUCCUGCUUCCAGGGAGUAGACUGGGGGCUUCUUGGCCUCCAAGACUGUGUGAACUGAUUCCUCUGUGUGUGUCUGUGUCCUGACCUGCUCUGCUAAUAACAACACCCGUCAGCUUGGGUUAGGGCCACUCUCAUGACCCCAUGUACCUUAGUUCAGUUCAGUCGCUCAGUCGUGUCCAACUCUUUGCAACCCCAUGGACCACAGCACACCAGGCCUCCCUGUUCAUCACCAACUCCCAGAGCUUACUCAAACACAUGUCCAUUGAGUCGGUGAUGCCAUCCAACCAUCUCAUCCUCUGUUGUCCCCUUCUCCUCCUGCUUUCAAUCUUUCCCAACACCAGGGUCUUUUCAAAUGAGGCAGUUCUUCACAUCAGGUGGCCAAAUUAUUGGAGUUUCAGCUUCAGCAUCAGUCCUUCCAAUGAAUAUUCAGGACUGAUCUCCUUUAGGAUGGACUGGUUGGAUCUCCUUGCAGUCCAAGGGACUCUCAAGAGUCUUCUCCAACACCAGAGUUCAAAAGCAUCAAUUCUUUGGCGCUCAGCUUUCUUUAUAGUCCAACUCUCAAGUGACUACUGGAAAAACCAUAGCUUUGACUAGACAGAACUUUGUUGACAAAGUAAUGUCUCUGCUUUUUUAAUAUGCUGUCUAGGUUGGCCAUAACUUUUCUUUCAAGGAGUAAGCGUCUUUUCAUUUCAUGGCUGCAGUCACCAUCUGCAGUGAUUUUGGAGCCCAAAAAAAAUAAAGUCUGUCACUGUUUC